UCCUCCCUCCUUUGAGACUCAGCUAGCUAUAGCUACUCAAACUGAUCCUUCUUUCUUUGCUUAUAAUCUUUUUAUUCCAUCUGAAAAGGUAAAGCUUUCGAAGCCAUGGACGGUGGAGGGAGCAACCUGAAGGUAGUUGAAGAGAGUUCACGGCCAAAAGUAAGAUUCUCUCAUGCUGGUUUACGGAUACUGGCGCUGGCGCUUACACUCGUAGCUUCAAUCCUGGCGGGUGUUGAUAAGGAGACCAAAGUCCUAUCUGUCGCCCUCAUCAAAACCUUGCCGCCCGUUCAAGUUCCAGUCACUGCUAAGUGGCAAUAUCUCUCCGCUUUUGUGUACUUCGUUGUGGCGAAUGCGAUAGCAUGUUCAUAUGCAGCAACAUCUCUGAUAUUCUUAAUGGUAGCUGGCCGGUGCUUUAGGCACAGCACAUCAUCGUUGGCAUUAGUCAUGCUAGACCUUAUAAUAACGGUGUUUCUCUUCUCAGCCGAGGGGGCUGCUAUUGGGGUCGGACUUAUAGGCCGGGACGGGAACUCACACGUGCUGUGGAACAAGGUUUGCAAUGUGUUUGAAGGCUUCUGUCGCCAUAUGACUGCAGCCGUGAUCUUGUCCCUGCUCGGAUCCUUUGUCUUCCUCUGGCUAGUGGUCCUAUCCAUAGUUAACCUCCACAAGAAGUCCAUGGAGACAGAAGGAAAAAAUUAAGGGGGCCAAUGGGAAGAGUUGUUGAGAGUAUUUAAUAUUAGUAGUAGUUUUCCUCUAUGGCAGCUUGUUUACCAAAUUCCCUGAGAAGCAGUAACUUCUAGACCAACCAAUGCUGUUUCUGAUGUAUUAUUGUAGUGAGAUGUAAUUGCUGGUUGCUGAAUUAUGUAUGUGAUCUAGUGUUUCACAUGAUCUCUAAAUAAAAUUUUUAUAGCACU